CUUUGCAUAAUCGACAUGACAGAAAAAUAUUUUUUUCUCUUUGUUCAUUUCUUCAUGCGUUUGCAUUUUCCAAUGCAUUUGAGACAAAUCAGUGGCACGGAAUUUGAUUCGGUCAUCUGCUCAGUUUUGUCAACAUUAUUCGACAUGGCCGACCAGCUCUGUCUCCUCUGUUUACGAUCCUUUGACCUAGAAGAAGAUACCAGCUCGGCGAAUUUUCCCCCCGCAAAAAUCCGGCUCGCGACAUUGUGCCAAUUGUUACGAUCGAAUUAUAAUGAUAAAGCAGGUUAUCCUCAAUUUGAGGAGGACGAGACAUGUCAGUUUUGUUCGAAUUGUUAUCCUCAUGUCAGCCAAGUGGAAGAAAACCGGAAGCAGAUAGUCCUCCUGGAUGAAGAAAUUGGGCGAAAUGUUAACCAAAUUCGAACCACAAUUUUAAAUUCUUCCUCUUUAUCUCAAGAAGACGACAAAGUUAUUGACAUUCGAAAUAUUCUGCUUCGUCUGACGGCGGUGGAGGAGGAAGAAGACGAAAAUUAUGCACUGGACGAGUUCCAAGUCAAACUUGAGCCGGAAGUUGACCAUGAUAAUGACGUUGAUCCAUUGGAGGAUGGGGAUUUCCAUUUCGACUAUUCGUCAAAUAACCACCUUGGUCUCAAAGAAGAAGAAGACGACGACGAAGAUGACGAUUCUGCCUUUUGUAUAACACCUUGUGCUCAAAAUGAGUCAAACGUCGUCCCCAAAUCAAGGCGCCGAAAGGGCACAAAGCGCAAGACACCAACUACACUAAAAAGAAAAACUAGGCCAGAAAAACGAAAAUCGGAUCAAAAUGUAGAAACAGCACCUCCAAAACGAAUCAAACAAGAAUUUCCUCCCACCCUGGAAGCGACACGAUCCUCCUCACGCAUCAAAAAUUCCACCCAUCCUCUAAAAGACGUUAAAGAAAAACUUCCAACGAAAAAACCUCUUCAAAAAUCUGCCCCCGAUUUCCAAUCAUUAAAUAAUACAAAGUCUGAAGACCCAGAUUGGACAGAAAACAAUUCCUCCACGCCCAAGAAUGAAUCUCAAGGUCCUAAAAAGUUCAUCGCUCGCUCCUUACCGAGCGCUCAUUCCUACCCUUGUCCCGUCCCCGGGUGCUCGAUUUCCUCCACCUCCAGCUUGAGAAGGGAGACCCACUUGAAGCGGAGUCAUGGAGGUGGGGCUCACUUCCCGUGUCCCAUCUGCGCCCAGAAGUUCGCCCGCCAUUACUCCGUGGCCAUGCAUAUGGCGAAAAGUCACGAAAAGGGAGAGAAAACCUUGGCCUGUGACAAAUGUGGGAAGAAAUUCUGUCACAUUCAGAAUUUGGAGAGACAUUUGAAGUUUCAUGAAAUCGAUGAAUAUAAACCUCUGGUUUGCCAUGUAUGUGAUUUACGCUUCGAAGACGACACCAAGCUUGGCCAACAUUUAGUCGUGCACAGUUCGAGACGCUAUACAUGCAGCCACUGUGGGAAGGGAUUCGGUGAGAAGAAACCUUUGGAUAGACACAUUCGCCUCGAGCACACGGGAGAACGGCCGGAAAAAUGUGACCAGUGCGAGGAGUCAUUCGUUGACAAGGUAGCCCUCACUCGUCACGUGGCCUACGUCCACACCGAGACCAAAGAACACGUCUGUCACAUCUGUGGGAAAGGGUAUCACCUCUUAAAUGUCUUGAAGAUGCAUCUCAAACGACAUGACGAAACGAGAAAGCGUGCUUGCGAAACGUGCGGUGAAAUGUUUUUAGAUAUGUCUACCUUGCAAUCGCAUCGAGUCAAAGUGCACAACGAGGCGCCUGUGAUUUGUGACGAGUGUGGGAAAGCCUUUGGCUCUAGAAACUCGUUACGAAAACAUAAGUUGACCCAUUUGGAAGUGAAGCCACACCAAUGCAGUGUUUGUCAGGCUCGUUUCGGCGAGAAGAGACUACUCGACAGUCACAUGAGGACGCACACGGGGGAACGGCCAUAUCCCUGCCCCCACUGCGAGAUAGCGUUCAAGCAGAGAAAACAUUUGGCCGUGCACGUCCAACGGUUCCACACGCCUGGCUACGUCGUCCCGAUCCGCCAUCCGUGCCCCCACUGCGACAAGGGCUACCCAACCAACUGCUACCUUCAGGCGCACAUCCGUCAAGUCCACACGGGGGAGCGGCCCUUCGUCUGCGACCAGGCCGGGUGUGGAAAAGGGUUCGCGAAAAAGACGUCGCUCUACUUGCACUUGAAGGGUCAUCAUGGUCUCGUAAUGGAGAAAAAGCGAAUCCAUGUACUGCCAAAAGGGAAGAGAAACGUGAUUCCUUCCGUGGAGGAAAAAUUGUGAUUCUUUAAAUUUACUUGUAAUUGAAAUAAUCUUGUAAAUGUAUUGAUUUAUUACACGUUUUCGUUUUGCAUAUGUAUGUAUGUAUGUAAUAAUAAUAAAUGUUUGUACUGGUUUCCACCAAGA